AUGACCGACAGCAAGUACUCUGCGCCCUCUUCUCGCACCAACACACCUAUGCUCAAAAGUAGCACCUUUCGCACCCAAUUCAGUACCACAAUCCCCCUCAUCGCCGCAUACAUGUCGCUCUGCCUAACAAACUAUUACCUCUCUCCUUCCGGCCCGGGGUUUCGCCACCGCUCCAACGACUCAGGAAGUAUCUGCCCACUCGUUGCUAUUCUCAUGCUCCUCGCUCCCGAUAUCAUACAAGAAGCCUUCGCCGCGACGACUGCAUCUGUCCCGGACGAGUCCCCGUGUUUUGGGUUUGGGUGGUUAGCUUUUACCGUAGGGUUAUUGGUACCCGUGAUGCGUGGUAGUGAGAGUUUGUUGCCUAGAGAGGAAGAGGAAGAGGAAGAGGAAGUCAAGGUUAUAAGUAUGGAUGUGAAGAAGGGGAGCUUGGGGAGGAGAAACAGCAGAUUGAGACCCGGACGAUUGCUGAGGGACCUGGAGUCGAGUUGUGUGCGCGAGACGGAUGACAACAAGGAUACCAUUGUCGAGAUCCUCGAGUCUGUCAGUCAGCCAUCAACAACACACCGAUCCUUGUGGACCCUGAGGAAAAACCACAAUAUAGCUACUGUUGUCUUUCAAUUCUGCCUCGCAGGGUUGUUCUGGUACUGUUACCGUGACCUCUCGGUCCCCCUGCUUCUCAGCACGUCGAUUCUACUGAUAGAAGCGACCGCAAGCCUCCCUAUCUGGUCUGCACAGAAACCCUCUUCACACGCAGGUGGUUGCCAAGGUGGCGCAUACGCCUUGAUGCGCGAUAAACAGACGCCGCCACAUCAUAUCUUCAUCAUUCAACCUGCAAAGCCUGAUAUAUCCAAUGUCCGAGACACAGCCGCGCUGCGAGUGCCAUACGACCAUCAGAUACACGCCGUAUCAAUCCCAACAUUUAUCCUCAUAUCAGGUGGUUUCCUCAGUCAAGCACUUCUUUGCACGCAACUCUCGGAUGCCGCAGCGGUAGGCAUGCUAGCAAUCAUGUUCUGUGGUACCAUUAGUAACGUGGCUAUCGCUGCUCUACCGAGGGAGCCAACGGUAGGAGGUAUGGAGUUGGAGUCUGUGAACGUGAUUGUAGGCAAGAGUGGUGUUGUCGGGGCAUUGAGCGAGGUGGAAAGCAGGUUGGAGGGAUAUGGGGAAGUGUUGGUUAGGCAGUGUUUCCCAGAGAAGCUUGGGGAAUGGGAAGGUCGAAAAGAGAAGGUGCUAAGGAUGAGAGACGUAGGGAACAUGGACUGA